UAUUAAGACGUGAAAUUCAAAAACCGGGAAGGCAAGGCACGGCGGGAGCUCCGGGACCUUGUCAGCGAUGACGGUGGCUCAUUCACACCGGUUCUCGACGGCGAGUAACCCCUUUAACAUAAGCUUGCUUUCAAAACAACUACUUCAGCUAGGAAGAACCAACAACAAUUCCGUAACAUUUCCAGAGAUCAGCCAUCAAAGAGAGUUUCUAGUGUCUUCACUCAUCUCGAACCUCGAUGAUUGCAUCAAUCUCAAUCAAAUCAAGCAAAUCCACGGUCAUGUUAUCCGUAAAGGUCUCGAUCAAAGCUGUUACAUUCUCACCAAGCUAAUUCGCACGUUAACAAAGCUCGGUGUUCCCAUGGAUCCGUAUCCUCGCCGCGUAAUCGAGCCUGUGCAGUUCCGGAACCCGUUUCUAUGGACAGCAGUGAUUCGUGGGUAUGCGAUUGAAGGUAAAAUUGAUGAAGCUGUUUCAAUGUACGGAUGUAUGAGGAAAGAAGAGAUCACGCCUGUUUCUUUCACUUUCUCUGCUCUUUUGAAAGCUUGUGGAUCAAUUGGAGAUUUGGAAUUGGGUCGUCAGUUUCACUCACAGACGUUUCGUCUUAGGGGGUUUUGUUUUGUUUACGUUGGGAAUACGAUGAUUGAUAUGUAUGUGAAGUGUGGCUCUCUUGAUUGUGCGCGUAAGGUGUUUGAUGAAAUGCCUGAACGAGAUGUGAUAUCGUGGACAGAGCUUAUAGCUGCGUAUACGAGAGUUGGGAAUAUGGAAUCUGCUGUGGAAUUGUUUGAAAGUUUGCCUACGAAGGAUAUGGUGGCUUGGACUGCUAUGGUUACGGGAUUUGCUCAGAAUGCUAAGCCUCAAGAAGCUUUAGAGUACUUUGAUAGAAUGGAGAAAUCAGGAGUUCGAGCUGAUGAAGUUACUGUCGCUGGAUUUAUAUCGGCUUGUGCACAGUUGGGAGCAAGUAAGUACGCUGACAGGGCUGUUCAAAUCGCUCAGAAAUCUGGUUAUUCUCCUAGCGACCACGUUGUUAUUGGGUCUGCGUUGAUCGAUAUGUACUCAAAAUGCGGAAAUGUAGAAGAGGCGGUAAAUGUGUUUGUGUCGAUGAACAACAAAAACGUUUUCUCUUAUAGUUCGAUGAUCCUUGGUCUAGCUAUGCACGGGCGGGCUCAAGAGGCUUUAGAUCUGUUUCAUUAUAUGGUAACGCAGACCGCGAUUAAACCAAACACGGUUACAUUUGUUGGUGCGCUUACGGCUUGCAGCCACUCGGGACUCGUUCACCAAGGACGUCAAGUGUUUGCUUCUAUGUAUCAAACAUUCGGUGUUGAACCUACGCAGGAUCACUAUACUUGUAUGGUCGAUCUUCUUGGCCGUGCAGGGCGGUUACAAGAAGCCCUUGAGCUGAUUAAAAGUAUGUCUGUUGAGCCACACGGAGGUGUAUGGGGUGCAUUGCUCGGUGCCUGCAGGAUUCACAACGAUCCAGACAUAGCAGAGAUUGCUGCAGAACAUUUGUUUGAAUUGGAACCGGACAUUAUCGGAAACUAUAUAUUGCUCUCUAACGUCUAUGCGUCAGCUGGAGACUGGGGCGGAGUUUUGAGAGUGCGGAAACUGAUUAAAGAAAAGGGUUUGAAGAAGACACCCGCGGUUAGUUGGGUUGUAGAUAAGAAUGGUCAGAUGCAUAAGUUUUUCCCGGGAAACCUGAACCAUCCGAUGUCAAAUAAGAUUCAAGAAAAGUUAGAAGAGCUAGUAGAAAGAUUAACGGUAUUAGGGUAUCAACCGGAUUUAAGCUCUGUGCCCUACGACGUGAGUGACAAUGCGAAGAGGUUGAUACUGAUACAGCACACCGAGAAGCUGGCUUUAGCAUUCUGUUUACUCACUACAAGCAGAGAUUCUACAAUAAAGGUAAUGAAGAAUUUGAGGAUGUGCCAAGAUUGUCACACAUUUAUGCGUUUGGCGUCAGAGGUUACAGGGCGGGUGAUUAUUAUGAGGGACAACAUGAGGUUCCACCAUUUUAGGAGUGGAGCUUGUUCUUGUGGUGAUUUUUGGUGAGAAUCAAGGUUGUACACAGACCGAGUUAAAUCUUCGAGGAGAUUUUUUCUUGAGAAUCGACUUGGGAAAAUUGGAGAACUGGAUAUAGUUUUGCUAGACAGUCAAAAGAUUCGUCGAAGAAUUUUGAACAACAUCUCCUGAAGACGUUGAGAGUCUUAACAGAAACGCCAUGGAUCUGAACCUGAUCAUAGUUAUACAACGUAUUGUUAUGUGAAAUUUGAUUUUAUUUGGUUCUUAAUACUCAUCUUUUAUUUGAGAUACAUUUUUAGCUUGUAGAAUGUAAAAAGUAAAAUUAUUGUCUGAAGUCUCAAGUCUGAAAACGUCUUCGUUGUAACUCAUUUUUCACGUGGACAACUUUGAUCAAUAAUACA